CGGUUCUGUCCGGUAGGCGGCAGUAACACGCCUCUCGCGGCUUAUUCUGCGUCAGAGCCGAGCAGAAGAAGGAAGUGACAUUUUCAAGUGUCCUUGUGCGGCUUCCUGAACACAGCGGGCUAAAGAAGAAAUUAUCACCAUGUUUAGGCACUUAAGGACCCUGCAGCAGGUCUCCAGGAGGACCCUGUCCAGCUCUGCACCCAGACAGCUGGAGAAUAAAGUCCCUGUCAAGCAGAAGAUGUUUCAGGAAGACAAUGGCAUGCCGGUUCAUUUGAAGGGAGGCGCGACAGAUGCUCUCUUGUACAGGGCUACGAUGGCUCUUACUGUCUUUGGGUGUGGUUAUGUGCUGUAUUCAUUGAUCGAUGCAGCGCUGCCCAAGAAGAAGAACUGAACAUGCCUCUCUAUUCACGUGUCUGAGCUGUAAAGACCUGAUCCUCAGAAAGAUAUCCUGCCUGUCAGUUAUUUUCAUUACAAUGGAUUCAUAUUUAUUGAUUGUAAUGUAAAGCGCAAUCAUUGUGUAAUAAAACUUUCCACUGUACUGG